CUUUAGAAUUUAAAGUUGUUUCCCUCCUGCUAGCCUUUCUCUUGUUUCUCACCUUUCUCAAACCAUGUCUCACACAACUCAAAACAUGUCCCAAGAAGAGCUUAUUGCUUCAAAUGCAGAAUUGAAGACUCAAGUUGAAUACUUGGCAAAAGAAGUGUCAAAGCUCACUAAAUUCAAGUUGAGUAUGGUUCAAACUCCCGAAGAAAGUGAAGAUGAAGAUGAUGCUAGUUCUGUUGCUACCUUAAGAGCUAGAACCCCGGAGAAGUCAGCCUCUGAUUUCAAAAUUCACAUGCCCACUUUCGAAGGAAAGAACGAUCCUGAUGACUUUCUUGAAUGGUUAGAGACCGUUGAACAUGUAUUUGACUUCAAGGAUGUCUCCGAAGAAAAGAAGGUCAAACUCGUGGCCUUAAAGUUCAGAAAGUAUGCGUCAACAUGGUGGACUAACGUCACCAUUAGGCGUAGGAGAGAAAACAAGUCCCCGGUGACCUCGUGGACCAAGAUGCGAACACUCUUGAAGAAGAAGUUUCUGCCCGAUAACUACAUAAAGGAAAACUUUUCUAAGCUUCAACACUUGAGGCAAGGCUCUCGUUCUGUAGAGGAAUACAACCGAGAGUUCGAGGAACUCUUAUUAAGGUGUGAUCUUCAAGAAGAUGAUUCACAAACUUUUGUGAGGUAUCUAUUUGGAUUGAAUGUCCAAAUAGCUAACACUGUGGAACUACAAGACUACCACACUCUUGACGAUCUUACAAAGCUGGCUCUCAAAGUUGAAAGCCAAAUCAAGAAAGGCAAGGCUGCCCAAAUGAGAAUCUCCUCUUCAAAUCCACCAUUGCUCACCACCCCUUCAUCUCCUUCACCUUCUCCAACUCCUUCCUCUCACCAUAAACCCAUACUUUCAACCCCUCCCUCAAAUAUCCAAAAUAAAUCCCGGCACAAUCAAAAUGUCAACCGAACUCCAAAAUGUUAUCGUUGCCAAGGUAAUGGUCACAUAGCUCAAGAUUGUCCCAAUAAGAAGGUCAUGACUCUUGUUGUUAUAUCUGGGCCCGGCCCUAUCCUAUCCUCCCCCAUGUCCCACACUCCCAUGGGAACCAAAGGACUUACGUUCAAACAUUAUGAUCCAUUUUAGUAUCAAUUCAAAGUCCUUUAACCCGGAAAGCCAAAUAACAUUUGUUUUUGACCUCGGCUAGCCAAUCCUCUUUUCGUCCAACCCAACCCCAAAUAUCCAAAAGUAUUUUAUUUCCUUUUGAUAUCCAAAAUAAAGUUCUUCCUACUCU